AUGAUAAUAAUAAUAACAACAACAACAACAUUGUUAAGGGUAACAUCAUCGAGCGAUGUUAAUCACACGAUGGAAAUUUCUUCGCAACAAAAUUGUAGGAUAUCGACAAACGAAAGAUUGAUUGCACACACGGUAACAAGAAUCGUAGAACAAAAUAAUAUAAAAGGUUGCGAAGAACAAUGUAAAAUAUAUAAAUGUACAUUUUUCGGUUACGGGAUUUUGGCAAAUGCGAGUAGGAUAUGCGAAUUGACGACCGAUAGACAAAUAUCUAGAAGGUUCGAUCCGAAUUUUUCCGUUUAUGAAAAAACACACGAAUGCAUACACGGAAAACCGAUUGGAUACGAAGAAGGAAAGAAAAAAAAUCCGAAACGAAACCGGGAAAACGUGUCAGGGAUAAAUAAUGUUUACUUAACCGAAAGAAUAACCGAAGUAGAACCGCCAACACUCAAUGAUGAUGAUUAUUAUGAUUAUGAAGAUUCUGAUUAA